AUGUCAUACGGCAUAAUCGAUGGAACACAUUUUCGUGGUGGUAUUAUUUCAUGGCGUCCGUUGAAUAGUACACCAUCGGGUAGUAAUGCGGAUAUUCUCAUACAUCAACGAUACUUUUUUGAUCGACAAGCGGGCUAUUUUGGUGGUCCACCUUAUUGUACGGAGGCAUAUGUCACUGCUCAAACAACUAUUCCAGUCGGUGGUACGAUGAGCUGUAUGGCAAAUUGCUCAAGUUCUACUUAUUCCGGACUUUCGAUUGCUGUGCAAACUACAGAUUGUAACACGCUUCCAAUUAUUUCAUCAUGGGGUGGUGAACUGCAUGGUUGA